AUGCUAACUAAGUAUAUGCAAUGUGGCAUAUCACUUACUACUAAUGUACUUGUUCGAUCUAUAUUUGUUCAGGUAGGUAUUACUACAAGGACGUAUGCCACAGGUCCAAAGACAGGAGCAAGAGGUGCAGUGUCUAGAAAUCAACUGAAUUUGUCAAGUAGUAUGAAAAAUAAAAAACCAAGUUAUGACAAAACAAAACAAAAACUAAAGAAACAUUCUGAUCAGAGAACAAAUUCAACAAUAAAACCAUUUCAUUAUGGUGAAUUUGGAGGUCUUAAGGUUAAUAAAACUGUCGAUAAGAAACUCGAUUUAGCUACUGCAUUAGUGAAUAAAAUAUCAAGUUUUGAUGAAUUAAAAUUAUUGCCUCAAGUUAGAGAGGCAAUAAGAGUUAUUGUUGCGAAAGAUACUACAGUCUCUGAUGUUAAGCAAGAGGGUAUAUUACCAUCGCCAAUUCAAAUUCUAACAGUUAAACGGAUGUCCAAAUCAUUGAUGGACCCGAAAUUGCAAACACAUGCCAUUGCUGCAGACACUGGCUCAGGGAAAACUGUUGCAUAUUUAUUACCAAUUGUUGACUAUAUGAUGAGAGAACAGUUGGAGACACCCGAAUUAUGGGAUGAAAUUCACAAUAAAACUUCUAUUAGAUCCAUUAUAUUGGUACCUACCCAUGAAUUAGUCGAUCAGGUAUAUAACACAAUACAAAAGACUGAAGACACACUAGGGUUACAUACAUAUAAAUGGGACAUUUAUACCAAAUACCCUGAUCUUAUUGAAGCAAUCAAGAAUCGUAUUGAUAUACUUGUAACAACCCCAUCCAAAUUGCUCACAUUGUUCAAUAUUAAAAUGAUAAGUAACCCUGAACGUCUUUUGUAUAAUGUUAAAAAUUUAGUAAUUGAUGAGGCUGAUACACUUAUGGAUCCAUCGUGGGUUAAUGAUACUCAUUCAGUAAUACGGAGAAUGAAGAAUUUAAAUCAUUUAAUAUUUUGUUCAGCAACUAUACCAAAUGAAUUUAAUAAAACAAUUACAAGAUUAUUUCCAUCAUAUGUAUCUAUCACAACUGCAAGGCUUCAUAAAUUACCAAGAAAACUUGAGUUUAAGAUCAUUGAUUCUAGUUUAAAUCCAUUUAAGGGCUCAAAGAUGAAGGCGUUGGCACAAAUCCUUUAUGCUGUAAAUAAAGAUAAUUCAGAAGAAGGUUAUCAAAAGAGGUGUGUAGUGUUUGUUAAUGAAAAGGAUGAUGUUACAAAAAUUGUUGAGAAUAUGUGUACUAAAUACGGUCUAAAUGUUAUGGGUCUGACUGGUAAUAAUAAAGUUGAAGAACGUCUUGAAACCAUUAAGUUGUUUACCUCUCCUCCCAGGUUGAUGUCUGAUGUAAAUAAGGAAGAGAAUACUACUAAACAAGAUCAUAAGGAAGAUGCUACUAAAUCCAUUACUAUACCAGGUUCAAAUAUUACCAUCAGCCAAACUAAGGACAACAAAGUUCACAAGAAUAAUAAAUCCAUAAUCCUUGUCACUACUGAUUUAAUGGCUAGAGGUCUGAAUUUUCAGGGUUUAAGAAAUGUUAUUCUAUAUGAUGUUCCAAAAACCUCUAUAGAUUUAGUUCAUCGUGCUGGUAGAACGGCAAGAAUGAGACAAGGUGGAAGAUUAUUCAUGAUUACGGAUAAAAAGACCAAAUCAUGGGCCAAGGCGCUACCGAAGAUCGUUAAAAAUAAUUUGGCAUUGACAUAA